GAUGCCCAUGUCAAGCCAAAAGCACUACAACAGGGUGUGAAAACGUCUUAUGAUAAACCAUCAGCAGCGUCUCGCCAACCAUCAGGAAUUCAAAGGCUCUGUUCGUCAACACGGACGUCGUGCUGAUAUAAUGAACAACUAGCCUGUAUCAAUGGCACACCCUCUUUAGUUCCACCAUGUCGAAGGACCCUACCCCUCAACCACAUACAAUGCGCGCAUGGACGUUCUCAUGUAGAGGCCUGCCUAAAGAUGUCCUCAAACUGGACUAUACUCACCCUGUUCCGCCUCCUCCCACUAAAGGUGACUUGCUCAUCCGUGUAUCCUACGUCGGCCUUAAUCCAGGAUGUGUCAUAAAUAUGUCUUUCAUACCUCCAUUUCUACGCCGUUUUCUUUCGGGUAAUCCUACUGCAAUCCCUGAAGGUGAAUUUGCCGGGGUAGUACAUUUGGCUGGUCCUUCCGCCCCUCCAAACUUUAGUCCAGGGACUCGUGUAUUCGGUAAUAUUCCAAUGAUGAGAUUAAUAGCGGGAUUGGGGACGCUGGCGGAGUACAUCAUCAUGCCUUCCUCAGGUGUUGCGGUUGUGCCCGCCAGUAUGAGUUUGGUGGAAGCAUCCGGAUUGAGUGGCGCUGGCCAGACAGCUAUGGACAUGUUCUUGCCAAUACGAGUAAAGGAAGGGCAUCGGGUGCUGGUCAAUGGCAGUAGCGGUGGUGUUGGUAUCAUGGCAGUGCAGAUAGCGAAGGCGAAAGGCGCAUAUGUCGUCGCAACGUGCUCUGAAGCAAGUUUCGAAUUGGUGAAAAGUCUAGGGGUAGAUGAGGUGCGUAUAGGUUACUUAUCCUGUUUUAGGAUUAAAAAAGAUCGGGUUUUGCAGGUAGUGGAUUACCGGGCCAAUGUUCCUCUGCAUGCACACCUUGCUGAUAAAUACGGCGGGAAGAACUCUUUCGAUUUCAUCCUGGACACCAUCGGAACGCAGGACCUUUUCACAUACUCGCCCAGUUAUCUGAAGCCGGAGGGUCAGCUAAUAAACGUAGGCAAUUUCGAAGGGCCAGUCAUAACCGUCUGGCGAUCAAUCACAAACAGGUUGACACCAGUCAUCUUCGGAGGAGUUCCCCGAGAUUACCUGAUGAUCAGCGUGGCACCAACGGAGGAGAAGGCUGCGAAUUUAGCACGAAUGGUGGAGGAAGGAACGCUUAAGGUCAUAGUGGAUGAUGUUGUGGAAUUUGAGGAUGUUGUGCAGGCAUACCAUAGGUUGAUGAGACGCGACGCGAAGGGGAAGAUCAUUGCAAAGGUCCAUACAGACUAGAAAAAUAGGUCAUCAAUACGACCGCGCAUAAUGCAACGCACCCCAUUGCGAAUCUGACCCGUCUGCCCAGGAAAAGUUCUCUCUGACCUUAUUCAAACUGGGCGAGAUGAGCGAAUGUUAUUCCACUGAGAUGAUGCACAACUCCACCUCUGAUAAGUAAUGACUGGGAGGAUUGGAGUGGAGCUUCGAUUCUGCCGGGUGACGGUACUGUGGAAUUAGAUGAGGAGCCCUGAAUGGACGUAUGGGGAGGCUCAAAAAAGGGAAGGAGGAACGUCGGUGCCGAAAAAAAAUCCUGUAACAAUGCGGAGAUGCUGAAGUCAAAUUCCAGAAACUCAUACCAAAACGCAGUUCACUGGGUGAUAA